UCUAACUCGAAGUUCGAGCCCAUGUCCGAAGCAUCUUCUUUGCUCAUACCAAAAAAAAACUCUCCAGCUUCAUCAGAAUCAAUGGCAAACAACAAAUCCCUCACAGGCCUCGAGAGUCUUAUAAAACUUCUCCCAACAGGAACACUCUUCAUCUACCUUUUGCUCAACCCUGUCCUCACAAACGACGGUGAAUGCUCCACAGUCAACAAGGUCAUGUCAAGCAUUCUAGUAGCUCUUUGCAGCUUCUCUUGCGUGUUCUCAUGCUUCACCGAUAGUUUCAAAGGCAAAGCCGGAUCAAGAAAGUACGGUAUAGUCACCAAGAAGGGUCUUUGGACUUACGCGGAUCCAGGAUCCGUGGAUUUGUCCAUGUACAAGCUUAGGAUUGCGGAUUUUGUUCACGCGGUUUUUGUGGUGGCUGUGUUUGGGACACUUGUGUUGCUUGACGCUAAUACCGCGAGCUGCUUUUAUCCGAAGUUUAGGGAAACGCAAAAGAGUUUGGUCAUGGCUUUGCCCCCAGCCGUGGGCUUUGCCUCAGCCGCUAUCUUUGCUUUGUUUCCAAGCAAACGGAACGGUUUAGGGUACGCUCCAACUAGUGAAGAGGAGGAGACCAAGAAGGAUUCUCUCCCUGCCUAAGACGUGUUUUCUUCUCUUGUUUCUAGAUUGUUGUGAUAUUUGUCAAGAUUUGUUGUAGAAUAUAACGAUUGUAUGCUUAAAACAUUUAUUUAGUUCUUUGUAACCACUGAAUAUUGUAUGAUAUCUUUAUAAUAUUGUACAAUAAAACGUUCUCAUAUAACCAAGAGUUGCUUAA